AGAAAAAAACAAAAACAAAAAUACCAAUACGUCACGUUGCAGAUAACAGGUACCUGCUUGGAUAAGGCUUUUUCUUCACUUCUUGUUCUUGGUGGAACAACCUUGUAAGUUUGUAACAAUGACUUCCUCGGUUACUUCCUCUUUUCGCAUCAGCAAUUUGAAUUCUGUUUUUGUUGGUGAGACAAAUAAAUUCAGAGUUUCAACUGUUCCUGGUGCUCAUGUUGGUUUCAUUAGAAAGACUGUAGAAUGUAAGGAAUCACGAAUUGGGAAGCAACCAAUUCCUGUGCCAUCCAAUGUCACAGUCAAAUUGGAAGGACAGGAUAUACAAGUGAAAGGUCCUUUGGGAGAACUUGCAUUAAGUUAUCCUCGAGAAGUGUUGGUUGAGAGGGAAGAGUCAGGGACUCUAAGGGUUAAAAAGGCAGUUGAAACCAGAAGGGCCAAUCAAAUGCAUGGGCUUUUUAGGACCCUUACAGACAACCUGGUGAUUGGAGUAUCUAAAGGUUUUGAAAAGAAACUUCAACUUGUUGGUGUUGGUUAUCGUGCUAUGGUAGAAGGAAACGAAGUCGUGCUGAAUCUUGGAUUUUCUCAUCCUGUUAAGAUGAUAAUCCCUGAUGGCCUCAAAGUGAAGGUGGAGGAAAACACCAGAAUCACAGUUAGUGGGUAUGACAAAUCUGAGGUUGGCCAGUUUGCUGCUUCAAUUAGGAAGUGGAGACCCCCAGAACCAUACAAAGGAAAGGGUGUCAAAUAUGCUGACGAAGUUGUAAGGAGAAAGGAAGGGAAAGCAGGGAAGAAGAAGUAAUGGGGAGUUUCAAUUUUUCAUUUUCAUUUAUCUCUUGUUGUUUUUCCUCGUUUGUUAGUAAUGGAAAUGGAAAUAUUUUACCCAAGUAAAAGAAAUUUAUAUUCAUUGAGAUAAGCUUGAGCCACUUAUGCUUAUGAUGAAA